AAAUAAAUCAUGUUGAGAAGAGCUGCAACUACAAUAAAGCUUACACCUGAAGAUAUUGUGGAGUACGACGAGGCAGUGAGUGCUGGGCUUCAAGGGAACUCAUAUUUGAAGGAGGAGAACCUCCAGGAGCAAGAGCCUGAUAUUUCCAUUUCAAACUAUAAGGACAGAAAUGAACGAAUGGGUGUUCAAACUACACAACAACACGAUCAAGGAGCGGGUCUCUAGAGGCUACAGAUACACCUGUUUCUGCGUCAGUCCAGUAAUCAAAUUUCUUUAAUGCUAAUAUACAACUAUUUGUC